CUGCCCACUGCCGCGUCACAUGUUGUUGAGAUCAGAGCUCAAACCUGUUUCAAACCUGUUAGAAUUCUGAGGAAGAGAAACUCAGACAGUCGUGGUGACAGAGCGGUGACAUGGCAGGAGUUCAGCUGCACAGAGAAACCUUGUCUUGUUCCAUCUGUUUGGAUCUUUUGAAGGAUCCUGUGACUCUUACCUGUGGAGACAGCUUCUGUAAAAACUGUAUUAAAGACCACAGAGAGGAGCAGAGGCGGAGCUGCCCUCAUUGUAGAGAGAUCUUCAAACCGAGGUCUAAACUGAAGAAAGAUUUAGAUUUAGUGGAGGAGCUGAAGAAGACUGGACUCCACGCUGCUCCUGCUGAUCACUGCUAUGCUGGAGCUGAAGAUGUGGCCUGUGAUGUCUGCACUGGCAGGAAACGUAAAGCUCUCAAUAACUGUUUGGUUUGUUUGGCCUCUUACUGUGAGGGACAUCUCCAGCCUCAUCUUCAAGCACCUGCAUUAAAGAAACACAAGCUGGUGGAGCCGUCCAAGAACCUCCAGGAGAACAUCUGCCCUCGUCAUGAUAAGAUGAUGGACUUGUUCUGCCGCACUGAUCAGCAGUGUAUCUGUUAUCUCUGCUCUGUGGACGAACAUAAAGACCACGACACGGUCUCAGCUGCAGCAGAAAGGACGCACAAGCAGAGAGAGCUGGAUCUGAGUCGAGAAGAAGUCCAGCAGAAACUCCAGGACAUAGACAGAGAUGUGAAGGUGCUUCAACAGGAGAGGAAGACUCUCACUCUCUCUGCUGAUAAAACCGUGAAGGACACAGACGAGAGCUUCACUGAGAUGAUGCGUCUCCUGCAGAAGAGAAGCUCUGAUGUGAUGCAGCUGAUCAGAUCCAAGCUGGAAACUGAGGUGAGACGAGUCACAGACGCCGAGGAGAAGCUUCAGCAGGAGAUCACUGAGCUGAAGAAGAAAGAAGCUGAACUGAAGCAGCUCUCACUCACACAUGACCACAACCAGUUUCUCCUCAACUACCGCUCACUGUCAGCACUCAGUCCAUCCACACACUCGUCCACCAUCCACAUCCGUCCUCUGAGACACUUUGAGGACGUGACAGCGGCUGUGGCAAAGGACCGAGGUCAACUGCAGGACUUCCUGAUCGAGACGUGGACAAACAUCUCACUGGCUGUGGAACAAGUAGAUGUUUUACUGACAGAACCAGAACCAAAGACCAGAGCUGAGUUCUUCAGAUAUUCACAGGAAAUUAAACUGGAUCCAAACACAGCUCACACAGAGCUGUUAUUAUCUGAGGGAAAUAGAAAAGUGACAUUAAUGAAUGAACCUCAGUCUUAUCCUCAUCAAACAGACAGAUUCACUGAUGUUUAUCAGGUCCUGAGUGAAGAGAGUGUGACUGGACGUUGUUACUGGGAGGUGGAGUGGACAGGAAGAGGAGUUUCUGUAGCAGUGACGUACAAGAACAUCAGCAGUUCAGGUUCAGAUGAAUGUGUUUUUGGAUACAAUUACAAAUCUUGGGCUUUAGAUUGUGACCUAAACAGUUGUGAGUUUGUUCACAACAGUAUCAAGACUGUCGUCUCAGGUGUUAAAGUCUCCAAAGUGGGAGUUUACCUGGACUACAGAGCAGGUCUUCUGUCCUUCUACAGAGUCUCUGACACCAUGACUCUGCUCCACAGAGUUCAGAUCAUGUUCACUCAGCCUCUUUAUGCUGGAGUCUGGCUUUGUUAUUCUUCACUUGGAGCCACAGCAGAGUUCUGUAAACUCAAAUAGUCUGGAGUUCUUUCAGCAGCAGUGAAGUAAACUCUGAGUUUAAAUCUUUCACCUCUCUGCGACAACAAUAACAUCAACUUAUGACUUUGAAUUUAAGACCCUUUAAGACAAGACCCUUCUCCUUGAACCUCACCCAAAGGAAAACUCUUUCCGAGAAGAAAUGUGCUUAUUUCCACUCCUUGGCCUGAGGACAUUCACAAUGCACUAUUGAACAUUUUUUGAUGACAAAAAACUCAGUUGGUCAGGUCUUGCAAGGAGAAGGGUCUUGUUGGUCUCAUGAAAAAAGAGAAGACGUGCCCAACUUUAUCAGUUUCCAUUGCAUCAUACAUCAGAAGUCACCUGUAUCAAAACUCAGAAAUAAUGAAUUCCAAAAUGCAGCUUUCACUGCUGACUGCUCAAACACUGGAUCCUGACCUCGACACCUGUCCACCCCGACGUUGUCAGCUCGGCCCCGUCCCGGCACCUCAACAAGCAUCCAUGCUCCCACAGCCACUCCCUCUGGCAUAUGAGGAUGAGGAUCAGCCAUCAAGCAGCACUCCAGAUCCUCCAGCUCUAACAAGGGUGGGGGAAAGAGCUUCAGAACCAUACAGGAACAACCAUGGCCAUCUGCAUCUGAUAAUGCUCCCUCCCUCUUCCUGGGGAGGAGCAGCAGAGGGUUUCCAACUUCCAAUGAUGGAGGUGGCAGGACAGGAUGGUGAACCUAUACUGGUUUAUCGGACUUGGACUCAGAAAGACAUUGAAACCGCUGUUAAGAGCAAGAACAGAAAGAGCGUCUCCAAGAAAAGAGAGAAAAUAAGAGACACAAAAGAGUGGAAGACAUGUUCCUCUGUUUGGUACAGAAAGAAGAACCCUCCAAAUUGAGAGGUUAUCAGUAUAAACAACGUGACACUGGAGCAGAGACUACGCUGCCAACUAUCGUUGCAGCGUAGACAACGGCAUGACGUCACAGUGACUACAGGGGGAGGACAGCGGUAAGGGAGGCCAGUGGAUGACCUGACAGCUGAUACCUCUGAGACAGGUUAUGCACACACAUACACUCACUCACACACUCAUGCAAAGAGGAAAUGCUUGCUACUGAUACUGAUAGUGACACACAGUAGUAUUCUGUGUCAUGUGACCUUUUUAAUGCUGCAUACACAAUCUGAUUCAGAGUGAAAUGAAUGUCUCAUUCAUUCCUCUCACAAGAGGAAGCAAAUGUCAUUCCUGCACUGAAAACACUUCCACAAUCACUGUGGGCAAAACACAAAUAUGAUGUUGGACUAAAUAAGAAUUGUGAUCCUGUCACCAUUACUCCUAAAUCACAUUACAGACCAUGCCAACAGCAGUAUCCUCUCAAAUGAGAAGCUACUGAGGGAACAACACCAGUGUUUACAUCAUUACUGGACGCAGGAAUAUUCAUUCCAUGUGAAAAUGCUGUGCACACACCUAUUUUCCCUGUGAAGAAAAUCAGAGAAACCGGUCUUUCUUGGAUCAAAAGCUCUCCCUCUCGUCCUCACUUACAUGAGAAUGAGAAAGAGGAGCAGAACAAAUUUGAGUCCAUUUGAGAUUCUGUUUGGUCGACCACCCUCUUUAGGAGUGGCUCCACCAAAACGACCUCUGCCCUCCACUGACCAAUGUGAGGAUGCAAUGUUGAACUAUUGCAAAAACUUGUCCUCCGUAUUAUCUCAAGUUUCCCAAUAGGUAAAAAACGCUUUGCCAAAACCAGCAUCCAACUUGCUGCAUGACAUUCAUAUGACUGUGUGGUAUAAGAGGAACUCGGGUUUGUUUUGCGUUCCUAUCAUUGAUCAUUGUGUUUCCAAUACUGCGGUUUGAACAUCAUGUUGUUGACAACUCUAACUUGACUCGUACACCUGACAACGCUUACAAAUCUGACUAAUUCUGACGUCCAUCACCUCAUUGAACGGGCAGUAAAGCUUAACUCACCGACUGACUUUUUUCUUGUUGCCGACUUCACAUUAGGUGAAGUGACGUUAUGACUAGGACUCUAACUUGGACUUUGACCUCAACCUUGACAUGGAACCUGGACUUUUUCCUUCAACAGCAAUCUUUGAUCUUUGAUGUUGUUGGUGUUUUAGGAGUGUAACUUUUUGAUGAAACAUCCUUAAACUGGCUGGUAUGAUGUUUUUGAUGUCUUGUUAUGCUCUUUUUGAUUCUUUGAUUAAUUACAUUGAUGAUUGAUUUUGAUUUAAUGUUUUUCUUGAGAAUAGAUUAGCAAACAUAACCACUGUGAUAUGUUAGCACAAAAAGAAGAGUGUUAUUGAUCUGAUUUCAUGCUUUUAGAGGUAUCAAAACCUUUUUAUUAGUGUAAUCGCCUUCAUAUAUCCAUAUCCAUAUAUUGAUGUUAUGAUAUGUUUUAUAUUGUUUUGUAUUGCUUUUUGAAGUUCAUAUUCAUGGUUACUUUAAGGUUGUUUAAUGCCUUUAUAUGGGUUUUGUAGUGAGUCUUUGUUAGUCAGUGUAUUUUUACCAAAUGUUAUUUUCUUUAGCUUAGUGAUUAAUAUAUAAUCAAAAGGGGGGAAUUGUUAUGGAAAAUAACAUUUUCCAUCUCUGAUCACAUACACACAUUCCUAUAGCUUCAUACUAGGCCAUUCACCUUUGACCUACACACUUGUAGCUCUUCCAAGAUAUCUCUCCCUAGCAUAUUUAUACCCUUAGUCUAAACACCUAGCAAGCUUAGCUAUUCCCACACAAAAUCUGAUUCAUAGACCUGUCGGAUUGUGAGACCCAAGCUCAUUCUCACCAGCUGCGCAGACAACCCUUAGGGCGCAAACACCUACUAUACAAUACACAGAUUUCCUCUUGUUUCUCACAGCCAUCUUGUACUUGCCACGGAGCAGUUGUUCAUCUUGACUCUCUAUUUGCAAAGAAAUAAACCACGCUUCAACAAUCAA